UGUUGCCUGUCUCCAUAGCGACGAGACCCCGGAAAUACUCCGUAACUGGCCGGUGGUGAUCAGCUUAGUGCAUGUUCAUCUGCCGUUUUGUUUAUCAGAGAAACAAACUCAUAAGUGCCGAAUUUGUUUGUUUGUUUGUUUGUUUGUAUCGUGUUUGUGUUCGUGAGUUGAGACAGUAAACAUGUCGGAACCUGAGGAUGAGCUGCAGGGAGAGGAAAAAGGCAGCACAAAGAAGAAGAAGAAAGAAAAACGAAGCGGGAAAAAGAAGAAGGAGAAGCGUGAGCAAGAGGAAGAUCGGCAGGUGGAGGAGAAAGAGGAGCAGAGUGAGUGUGUUGUGCUGCGUGGGAUCUUCAGACUGGGGAAGAAGAGUCAUGAUGUCCUGCUCACCAGGACCAGACUGACCUGGACCCCGAUCACCCCAGAGAACCCCACAGGCGAGGUGUGUGUGCUGCAGCCAGGCGUGGUGCUGCUGCAGGAUGUGUUUGCGGUGAAGGUGAAGCGGCGCCGAGCAGUGGGCCAGCAGUCUGGGGGACCUGUGCUCGGUGUGGCUCUGUUCUGCUGCAGGAGGAGAGGGAAGAGGCUGGAGGAGGACACUCUGCACCUCCACAAUGCCUCCUCAGAGCACACACACACCUGGUACAACACCUUGAAGGAGCUGCUGACAGGGUUCAGCAGUCGUCCCAGGUAUCUUAAGGUGUUCAUCAACCCCAGCAGCCACAAGAAGGAGGCCGUUCACAUCUACAGAGAACAUGUGGCUCCGCUCUUCAAGAUGGCUGACGUCCGCACUGACAUCACUGUGACAGAGAGGAAGGGUCACGCUCUCUCAGUGAUGAAGGAAUGCAAACUGGAUGAGUAUGAUGGGGUGGUAUGUGUUGGGGGUGACGGUUCGGUGGCAGAGCUGUGUCAUGCUAUGGUCCUCAGAGCUCAGCUGGAUGCUGAUUCCCCAGAGAAACCAGUGAAACCAGUGUUGCCUCUGGGAAUCAUUCCAGCUGGUUCUACAGAUGUGGUUUCUUGCUCUGUUCAUGGAGUCAGAGAUCCAGUCACUGCAGCCCUGCACAUUGUCCUGGGUCACCUGCAGCAGGUGGACAUGUGCAGCUUUUCAUCUCUUGGUCAGGUGGUGCGUUUCGGUUUCUCUGCCAUGUUUGGCUUUGGUGGGCAGAGCUUAGCACGAGCGGAGAAGAAGAGGUGGAUGCCAUCAUCACGACGACGAGAGUACGCACUGGUGAAGACACUGGCUAGGCUGAGACCAGAGGACUGUCAACUGUCUUUUCUACCAGCCAAGAAGUCAAACAGUUUGUUUGAACAACGAGAGCAGGACCAGGACUCGGAGUCAGGGGGGGAAGAGUCCUGGACGACCAAUCAGGGUCAGUAUCUGAGCAUCAGUAUCAUGUCCAUCCCCUGUCUGAGUCCACACACACCUCAAGGACUGGCUCCCAACACCAGCUUGGCAAAUGGCAGCGCAGCCUUGAUUGCCGUUGGAAAUACUUCCAGGUCAGAGUUUGUCAAACACCUGAAGAGAUACAGCAGCUCUAGUGGACAGUUCAGCUUCUCGUUCGUGGAGACGCAUGAUGUGUCAGCUGUAAGAAUCCGCCCCCAGCUGCUGAUUGGCUGGUCUGAGGAGGAGAGCGAGGAAGAGAGCGAGUCCAAGAACUCACCCAUCAUCCAAUCAGAGGGAGCCACCUUCCCCUGGAACAUUGACGGAGAGCUGGUGGAGAUGGCUAAUGAAGUGUUUGUCAGGUGAUUCAGCUGAUGGCCUCAAAACAUCCUCUGUUGGGAUAAAUAAUGGGAUACCACAAGGGUCUGUGCUGGUUCCUGUUCUAUUUACACUGUAUAGAAAUAUUUCUGCCACUUUCAACCCAGACUAACACUAGGUCAUAUGUCUCUGUUAUUCACA